UCGCUGCUGCUUUUCCUCCGCCUCCAGCUCCGCUUUCCGCCGCCGGCUCGCGGCUGACGGGAGACGGAGCAGCCAUGAACGCCAACCCCCAGUGGGACGUCAGCAGGGCGCUGGCGGUGGCCAGGCUCUUCCAGGUGGUGUGUGGGGUCCGAGAUGGCUCGGUGACUCCGUUUCUGACCCUGUACCUGCGGCAGCUGGGCCUGGCCGCGCCCUGGGUGGGCGUGCUCAUGGGUACCAAGCACCUGGUGGCCGCCUUCUGGGCCCCCUUCUGUGCCUUCGUGGCGCAGAGGUACCAGAAGAGGAGGGCGCUGCUGACCAGCUCCCUGCUGGGCUCCAUGGGAGCCAGCCUGUUGGUGGUCCUGGUGCCGCCUAUGCCCCAGGAGCUGGGAUUGAACCCUUGUAUUGUUGAAAGCCACCGUAUCACCACCGUCACAGCCCAACCGCUGGAGAUCACGGUCUCCUUGAACUUCACUUCGCAUAACCUGGAGUCCUCAUUGGUCCCGGGGAGCCACCCAGCAGAGGUGCCGCACCUGUCCCACAGGAGGAGCCCUGGCCUGGGCGGACUUGACGGGAAUGCCCAGGAUACCUUCCAAGGUCCCCCUGGCCACCCAACAGGCUCAGUGGCAGAAACCAGAACCACAACCCGAGUCGUCCUCCCGGAUCCUAUGGCUGUAGAGGAGAACGCCCACGCCUGGGGCGGUGCCCUCGAGGUGGUGAACACUGCCCUGGCUUUGGUGCCAGGUGACGCCUCGGAGCCGGGGAGUACAGUCAUCAGCAACAUGUCAGCCACCGCAGAGGAGGGCCAGGCCCUUGACCACCACUGGGAAGGACUGCGGUGGACUUUCGUCCUCUCCCUGGGCUCCGUGGUGCUGUGGGAGCUGCUGACGGCGCCCCUGGAGCCGGUGGUCGACGACAGCCUCUUCGAGCACCUGGAGUUUGUGGACGCCACUGACCGCUACAAAAGCCUAUGGAUGUGGAGGUCGCUGGGCCUGGUGGCAGGUGCGUGCAGCAUCACGGCCCUGGUGGGGCAGCUGGGCUGUUUCCUGGAAGCGGGCGGCCCUCAGGGGGCUGUGCAUUUCUACAGCUACUCGGCGGUCAGCCUGGUGGCCUUGCUGGUGAGCCUUGCCAUCCCCAUCCCCAAGUGCCUCCCGCAGGAGUCCCGCCCCAGGACCCUCAAAGCCCUGUCUCUGGUGGGGGGCGCCCCCCGCUUCAUCCUCCUGGCCCUCACCGUCAUCCUGCUGGGUGCCGUGGCCAGCACCGUACAGAACUUCCUGUUCUGGCACAUGAGGGACCAUGGCAGUAGUGAGCUGGUCAUGGCCUUGGCGUUUGCCCUGGGCCUGCUGGGUGAGAUGGCGCUGCAUCCCUGGAAGUCAGUGUUGCUGGGCAAGGUCUCCAGGGCGGGCGCCGUGGGGCUGGGGCUAGCCUGCCUUGCUGGGCAGCUGCUCUACUACUCAUUUCUAUGGAGCUGGUGGUCCGUGCUCCCCGCACAGGCCCUGAGCGCAUUCAGCAGUGGGGCACUCUGGUGGGCUGUGGGUGCCUCCCUCCAGGACAUGGCUACCUUGGGCACGGAGAGACCCCUGAGCGGCAUGUUCCGGGAGCACCUGUAUGGAGGCGGCUGUAGCCUGGGCAGCUUCAUCGGGGGUUUUGUGGUGAUGCGCUUCGGCCUGGCCACGCUCUACCAGGCCUGCUGUCUGCUGCUGCUGCUCUGGCUGGCCCUGUACUUGGCUGUCCAGCCCAAGCUGUCCCAGGAACGUAGCAUCAACUACUCGAAGCUGCUGGCAGUAGAGACGAGUGACACGAGCGACUCAGAGCCGGGCCUGGACCAGGACUGGUUUGUGAAGGCCAUGAAGGAGGACCACGCGCCUUGGAAGGGCUGAGUGAGC